AUGAAAAACGAUGAACGCUCAAAUCCAAACCUAUCUUCAAAUCCGAUGGAAAACGAUGAAACGCUGGAUAAAUUCUUCAAAACCGGUUGUACAAGAUUUGAUAGAAACCGCCAAUAUACUCACGGUCCCACUCUCGACCCUAAGUACACCGUUUUCUUGAGAAAAAUCUGCCCAACGCCCGUUGCUAAUGCCACAGGUCCACCAAGAGUGAACCCUACGGUGAAUCAGGAUAUCAUCACUCCGAAACGUUUGGACAAUUUGUACUACGAGUUGUUGAAGCAGAAAAAGGGUCUUCUUACGUCGGAUCAGGUUCUUAUGACAAGCACUUUGACCUCCAAAAUUGUGCUGAAAAAUGCUCAGAACGGUCCUGCAUGGGCUAAGAACUUCGCGGCUGCAAUGGUCAAAAUGGGCAAGACUGUCAUACUCACCGGCACUCAGGGCGAGAUCAGGGAAAACUGCCGCCUCGUCAACUGA